CAGGUGCUGUGGCUACGGCUUGUUGACGAAUCAUACCUGGAAGGAAAGAGAAGAAACGGUUUGAGACAGCAGUCUCAACAAGGUUCUCCGACAUUUUCUUGGGAAAUAGCACAAGUAAAGAAAGGUAAACCGAAACUGAACUGAAAAAGAAGGAACGAAGGACAACCAGAAACACAGUGUCUCUGUGGAGAAGAGGCCUAUCUGAGUACACAAUGGUUUCUUUAGGACUUGAACUGGUUGGAGUCACUCUGUCGGUGCUCGGUUGGCUGCUGAGCAUUGUCAGCUGUGCCCUGCCAAUGUGGAGGGUCUCCGCCUUCAUUGGCGCCAACAUAGUCACAGCUCAGGUGUACUGGGAGGGUCUGUGGAUGAACUGUGUGUUUCAGAGCACUGGCCAGAUGCAGUGUAAGGUCUACGACUCCAUGCUGGCCUUACCUCAGGACCUGCAGGCUGCCCGAGCGCUCACUGUCGUCUCCAUCAUCGUGGGGGUGGUAGCUCUCCUCAUUGCCACGGUGGGAGCAAAAUGCACCAACUGCAUCGAGGAAGAGGGUGUUAAAGCCAGGGUGAUGGCAGCCUCUGGUGGGGCAUUCAUCGCAGCAGCUUUGGCGCAGAUUGUGCCUGUUUCCUGGUCAGCACACACCAUCGUUGUUGAGUUUUAUAGUCCUGUCAUCCCCUCCGGCCAGAAGAUGGAGAUUGGUGCGGCGCUGUAUCUCGGCUGGGCUGCUGCGGCGCUACUGUUGAUUGGGGGGUCCAUCCUGUGCUGCAGUUGCCCUCCACAAGAGGAUAAACCUGCCAGAUAUAGCAUCCAUCCUCAGAGCCGCAUUGCAUACUCAGCCGCUCCAAGGUCCACAGCCCAAAGCUCCUACAACAGAAGGGACUACGUGUGAGGAAAGACCAAGAAUGGACAACACACUUUCCAAUGUAUCGUGUUUGUUUGAACAUUAUCAUGAAAUCUGUUCAGACACAGAGCCAAAUAAGAAACCUCAGUUGCUCACCACAAAUAUGCAGAGAGCUAAUCCAGCUGUUGUGGGGAAGUUCCUUGUGAACAUGUAGGACCAAAAGCUUUUUGAUACUAUGUAAAAAUAGAUUUGGAUGUGCUUUAGAGUUGUUUUAUGACACUGUUUACAAUUACCAUUGGUCAAAAGCAGUCAUAACCUUUUAAAAUACAAGACCAAAUAUGGUAAGAAAAGUUUAAAGGCCUGAGUAAAAGUCAUAUUUUAUAUAUUUAUUAUUAUGAUAUUUGGAUCCAUUAAGCCUGUUCAUCAUUGUACCAAUCAGUGUAUAUUAAGCAUCAUUCUGUUAAUUAUUGUGUAGUAAAUAGGGACACUGAAUAUACUGACUUUAUGAACUUCCUUUUUUUCCCUAGUGGAAUGAUGUAUUUUCUUGUCAUGAUCACAUACAAAGUCACAUGUGAAAUAUUAUACAACUGAGUGAAAUGGAGUCCAAUGUACGGCUCCAAAGUAAGGUCAAAAUGGCGUAAGGGACUACAGAGAGUAUGAAGGACGUAAAGUAAAAUCAACAUUUUAUUGGGUUUGUGGAUAGACUUUCAUUAUUUGUUCCAAUUCUGUCAUAUUAUUUUCUACAAAGUUUGAAGCUUUCCUUUUUUAU